GAUUGCUACUAAUGCUCCUUUUAAUCAGCCAACAUUCUAACUGAGAUCGUACUGUACGCCGUACGUAACGUACAUUUUAUUUUUUUCGUUAUACUAUCAAUAUAAAUUUGGUACUUCCGGUACUUCUAUAUAACUCAUUCUUGGAGACUAUGGCGAGAAAGAAGUCAGAUGCCUUAUCAUGUCGCCGGGAGGGUCGCGGCGGCGAAGCAGAUGAAGCAAAAAUGACCAGUCGCGGCGGCGAAGCCGAUGAAGGGAAAAUGACCAGUCUCGGCGGCGGCGGGUUGUGCGUACCCCAAGAUAGCUUGGAUGAUUUGGACUUCUUCCCUAACUUUUUCGACGAUGCUAUCCCCUUAACGGACCUCCUACUUUCUUCUCCGUCUCCCCCGGAACAUGGUGAAAGUACUAUUGAGGACGUUGCGGACAUCGAAGAUGACGAUAGGCGGCCGACGAACGCCGGAGAUGGUGAGUCUAUGGCUCAGGCGUUGAUCAAAGCUCACCCUCCGCUGUCGGAAGAUGAAUACGAGAGCCGUAAGCCGAUAAAGACGACUUGUAUGGAUGAUGGAUUGAGUGUCUCCAAACGGAGACGAAAAAGCAGUCCUACAAAGAAAAAGAAGGCAAAAAAGAAGAGGAAGACAGGGAGGAAGUGCAGUCACUGCGAGACGGCGGAGACGCCUCAAUGGCGGAGAGGUCCCAUGGGACCGAACACUCUGUGCAAUGCUUGUGGCGUCAGAUACAAGUCCGGCAGGUUAUUGCCCGAGUAUAGGCCUUUCGCCAGUCCAACUUUUGACAGUUCUAAGCAUUCUAACUUUCACAGGAAAAUUUUGAAGAGCAGCAGAAAAAAUUAUACUUCAUUCUCUUAGAUCAAUGGGUAUAUAUUACCACCGUUCUCUUUUAAUUCCAACAUUGUACUUUUUGCACUAUUC